AUGGGCAAAUCCAAGCCCAGAAUUCGGAAGAAGAACCGCUCGGAUCCAACCGCGAAGCCCAUCGCAGAUCCCGAGCUUGCUGCCAUCCGUGACCAACGCAUCCUUCCCGUCCUCAAGGACCUGCAAAGUCCCGACUUGAAGACCAGAUCUUCUGCUGCCCGUGCGAUUACGACCAUCAUCGAAGACCAGAAGUUCAGGAAGCUGUUACUAAGAGAACAGGUCGUGCGCAUCCUUUUGGAGCAAACCCUGACGGACUCGAACCUGGAGACCAGAACAGAUGGAUGGGGCAUUCUGCGGAACCUGAGUCUGGAGGAAGAGGCAGACUUUUGCAUACAUCUUUAUAGACAGGAUAUCUUGACAGCAAUCGAGGGUGUCGUCAAGACGAUUAUCGACACAAUCGAGAACAAGGAGGUCCCCUUCGAUAAACUCCCAGCUGCCCAGCAGGAACUUCUCUGGAAUCUCACGGCCUCAAUCGUCAGCCUUGUGACUUCCCUCGCCGAGUCGCAGGACGAGAUUGCCGAAGCAAUUUCAAAGCUUUCUACAAUCAUAAAUUCCUUAUUCAGUGUCUUGGCUUUCAAGACCACCCCCACCAAAAUUCAGAAUGGGGUUCUCUCGUGCCUUGCUGCUUUGACGGAGGACAACAAGCUACUCGAUAAACUAAUUGUGGACAAAAGCUGGUUUGGGGAACUCGUUGGAAUUGCGGAAGGUAGAGGCAUUAAUUCAAUUGCGGCUUGCGCUGUGCUUCACAACAUUUUCGUUACGAUGGAGUGGUUCGACCACAACACACCAAUCGAACGCGCCUCGGACGCUAUGCUGAUUCCUAUCCUGGUUGAGUAUAUGGCACAUGUCAAGCCACAGAAGCCCGAAACUAACGGGAAUGUGGAGCCGUCGUCGCCCGAUCAGGUCCUCGUAUUGGCUUUAGAAGUCACCGCUUCUAUCGCCACCAGCCUUCAGGAAGCUUUAGAACAUGCAAGCCGGAACGAGAAAGAAUUCAAAGGUUUCGACGACUCGGUGAAUGGCGACAUGGACGAGAUGAAUCUGGGGGACGAUGAUGCAGACGUCAAAGAGAAAUAUCCGGAUGAUGAGAUGACCGUUGAUGAGAUUGAGGCCGAGAUGGAGAUGGUACUUGGAGAUGGGUCCGAUAACGAUGACCUGCCCCUUGAAGAGGUCACGCUCAAUCUUUUAGUCACCCAAGCUGCACCCAAGCUGGUUGCUGUAGCAGGCCUCUUUGAUGGUCCAGUCCGGGAGCAUGCCCUGUCGGCACUGAACAACGCAGCAUGGACUAUCUCAAGUAUCGACUUCUCCCCGAGACAUUUAAGUGGCCUUCAAUCUUGUUGGGCUUCCUGCGCUCGACUCAUUUGGAAAGAUGUCAUUUCUCCUGUACUGGCGUCCAACACCGCAGACAUCGAGCUCGCUUCGACUAUCACAAGCUUAGCAUGGGCUGUCUCUCGUAGCGUCAAGGGCACUGUUCCUCUCCAGCCGGAAGAACAUAGAAAGUUUAUGGCACUGUAUGAAGCAUCAAAGAGCCUGAACGGAGUUUCGAAUGGCGAACCGAAGUCAGAAGAAGAAACCGAUGCAUUUCAAGGCUUGGGUGUCAAAUGCAUCGGGGUUUUGGGAACUCUCGCUCUUCAUCCUGCGCCUGUCGAGCGUAAUCAAGAAGUUGGAGUAUUUCUCCUCACAGUUCUCUCAGGUCUGCCUGAUAUACCUGCUGCCGAUGCAGUAGAGGCUCUAAACCAGAUUUUUGACAUCUACUCCGACAAGGCCUACUCAUUCGAUGAGCCUGUCUACUGGGGCAACGAUUUUUCGAAGCACCUCGAGGAUGUCCAACCAAAGGCCAAGAAAUUAUUCAAAUCUAUUGACAAGCGAAAGUUUGGCGAGUUACGUUCAAGAGCUGAUGAAGCUAUUCUCAAUCUCAACCGAUUCCUUAUCUACAAGAGAAAGGAGAGAGCGAAUAAAAAUCUCGAUUGA